UUUUGAACGAAAAGUAUUUUUGUUAAUUGUUGUUUAGAAAUUUAAAUUAUUAUUUAACUUUUGUUAUUUGAAUUAAAUUAUUGGCAAUUUGUUCUAGUUUAUCGAAAUUUCUCUACCAUGGAUGAGGAAGAAGAAGUUAAAUCCAGUUAUGUCGAAGAUGUUACGACGGAUUUGCAACAAUCUAUCAAAGAAGCCAUUUCUGCUAGUCUUGGAUUCAAUGCAACAGAUUUUGAUAUUAAUUCAACUUAUUCGAGCUUUAAAGCUUUAAUGGAAGCUGAGGAGAAAAAUAUGAUUACGUUGAUAAGCUCUUUGGCUAAAAAGGCUCGAACAGAUGAUAAAAAUAUCAGGAAACUGACGACGCCCGAAGAUAAGUUUGAUGCACUUUGCGACUUGAAUGACAUUAUACUGGAUAGAAUUAAUCAUAAUCUAGAUGAUGCUGCAGGUUUAAAGAAAAAAGAUCAAGAACUUAUUGUUGCAACACUGAAUGUUAGUAAUAGCACCGCUGUCGCCAUUAACCAGCAAAGGACAAAAUGGAUCUCUAAUCAGAGCCAAGGAAUAAAGCGAAAACGAGAUAUGGUUGUUAAUUUAAUUACCGCUCGUAACAUUCAAAGGCCACAAACUAAAUUCAAAGAUAAAAUAGACAACAGAAAUAUCCCUUUUGUCCCUCCAUUGAAAGAAAAGCCUCAUUCUACUCGGCCAUUAGCUAUUUUCAUGGAAAAAGAUGAAGAUGGAGAAGAACAUUCUUGUCAUCCCUAUGAGACUGAAUUAGAGAAUUGGCAACCAACUUCUUCCAUGUUGGAAAAAGUAACACCACAACUUCCAUCGGACCUAAAAGAAGAAAAUUUUCAUUUCAUCAACGAUUUAGAUUCACUUCAAUCUUUGAUUGAAACCCUGAAGGAUGUGAAAGAAUUUGCAAUCGAUCUUGAAGCUCAUUCUUACAGGUCAUUUCAAGGAUUCACUUGUCUCAUCCAAAUCUCUACCAGGACAGAUGAUUACAUAAUCGAUUCAUUAUUAUUAAGGAAUGAAUUGGCAAUUCUAAAUGAAGUCUUUACCAAUCCUAAAAUCCUAAAAGUUUUACAUGGAGCUGAUAGUGAUAUUCCCUGGCUUCAGAGAGAUUUUUCAGUCUACAUCGUUGGAAUGUUUGACACUGGACAAGCUGCUAAAACAUUGAAUUUGGCUCAUCAUUCACUUGCUUAUUUAUUGAAACAUUAUUGUCAUUUGGAUGUGAACAAAAAGUAUCAAUUAGCCGAUUGGAGAAUCCGUCCAUUGCCUCAGGACAUGUUGAAUUAUGCUCGAGAAGAUACUCAUUAUCUGUUAUAUGUUUACGAUAUUAUGAAGAAAGAAUUGCUUGAAAAAGAUCCAUCAAGAAAAUUAUUAAAGCAGGUAUUCCAAUCCAGUCGAGAUGUUUGUCUCAAGAGAUAUGAAAAACCUUUAUUCAAACCUGAAGGAUUCAAUGCGAUUCUCAAAAGAUCAACAGCCUCACUUAAUCCUAGACAAUUAUUUGCUCUCAAGGAGAUUUAUGCUUGGAGAGAUAAACUUGCACGAGUUGAAGAUGAAAGUUCUGGGUAUAUUUUGCCGAAUCACAUGAUGCUUCAAAUUUCAGAUGUUCUUCCAAGAGAACAACAAGGAAUCUUAGCUUGUUGUAAUCCUAUUCCUCCAAUGGUCAGGCAACAGUUGAACGAAUUACAUCAAAUAAUUCUGAAAGCUCGAGAUAUUCCAAUAGAGAACAAAACCUCAACCACACCCGCUCCAUCACAACGAAUUAUAUCAACAAGAUGCUUAGAUUAUGAUAGUUUGGUUCAUCUUCGACAUGAUCUAAUUUAUAAAAGUGACUCACAAAAUUUGAAUACACUAUUAAAAGAUGGAAAAGGAGAUGAUAUCGAUUAUUCAAGUGUAAGAAUCAAACCGAGACCAAAAUCGAGGAUGAAUUCAUCGCCACUUUUAGACUUCCUAAAUACUCAGUCUAAAGCUAAGAGAUCAGAACUAGUUGAGAAAAUUUCAUCGAAAUUUGUUUCCCCAUAUCAAAAACUUUUAAAUUACAUGGUUACAACCGGAUCAUUGAAAUGAUAGUGAUAAUAUUAAUCAAGAUGAUUGAUGACAUUUAGAAAUUAAUGACAAAAUUUGUAAUCUUAAUUCUUCUGUCAAAUUGAAAAGACUGAUUAGCAUUAUUAUCGUGGCCUAUUUUCUCCUGAGACAAAUCAACUGUCCUGUUGAAGGUUGAAUGAUUAAUUUAUUUUCUCAUGAUGUUAUUAUAUAAACAUUGUAUUUAUCUUUGAGUAUUUUGUUAUCCCAAUUGAGAAAAAAGCUGAGUAAAAAAUUGAAUUUACUUUGCUAAAGCUAAUCAAGAUUCAAUUAAAAUCUUGAAUCAAAUUUUUCAUUUCAUAGAAAUGGUAUAAUAAUAAAAGAAUUGUGAGAUACUUGAACUGAA